AUAGAUUUAAAGAAGUAAAAUUUAAAUAUAAUUGGAAAGAUAUGCCUAAAAGAAACAGAACUGGUCCUGUACCUGAAAGAAAAUUCAAAUAUGGAGGUGGAAGAUGGAUGCCAACGCCUGAUGAAAUGAUUGAACCCGAACCUGACUUUGAAGAUGAAAAUGAUAUUUCUUUAAAGUUAUCUGAGUCUAUUGAUAUGAGUUAUAGUCAACCUAAGUCUGCAAGUAAAUUCACAAAUCCUGAAUACUUAAUUAAUAGCUCGGUAAAUGGUAUUAAUUUUGUCAAAACUGGGCGAGCAUAUGUGUUUGAAAAGUCAUGGGAUGCUUAUAUAAAAAUUGAAAUACAAUCGCCUCCAAAAAUUAAUUUGGAUGGUAUUGUUGUAAAAUUGUAUAACAGAAUCGGAAGUUUUGAAUAAUCCAAGAUUUAAAAUAAUAGAAAAAACCCCACA